UCUGCAGCCACUCAUAAUAGAUGAGCGCCCUUAGCGCCACAUCGACCGUCAGCCCGCCUGCAAGACAAGUGCGUCUCCAUUGGUUAAGCGGUUGGAGGGGCUACUAUCUUUUUUUUCAACGUCGAAAAGUUUUAUUUUGACAGCAGCUCCCCUUAAACGAAAUACAGCUCGCGACUUUCCCAGAUUAUCGGACUGUGUUAUUUAAGGAGAGACAGCAGAUGGACUGACCUACUCAAUGCAUCUAUCCGGCGCUGUGCUGCUGAUAUACAUGGCUUGUCUUCUGACUAACACAAGAUGAGCAGAGAUGGGCCACAGUGGACAGGACAACAUGAGACAUUUAUGAAAAGUUUCCCCGAAGAAGCCGUUCUCGCUCGGAUCAAGAACAAUGUCUGUGAAUAUCUCGAGCGUGAACAGCACACUUCAGCCCGAGCUCGUUACCUACAAUGUUCCUGCUCUCAUAUUUGGGGUUUUACUCAUCAUAGUGAUCAUUUGUGGAAAUGUGCUUGUGUGCCUGAGUGUUUACAAGGAAAAAGCCUUGAAGACAACGACAAACUAUUUUAUAGUGAGUUUGGCUGUGGCAGAUCUGCUGUUGGCAGUUUUGGUUUUACCCCUGUUUGUCUAUGCAGAGUUUCAAGGUGGUGUCUGGUCCUUAAAUAUGGCUGUUUGCGAUGGAUUAAUGACCAUGGAUGUAAUGCUCUGCACAGCAUCAAUAUUCAACCUUUGUGCAAUCAGUGUGGACAGGUUCAUAGCAGUGUCCAUACCACUUAACUACAACAGGAAGCAUGUUGACUAUCGGCAGAUUCUAUUACUUUCUGCUACGUGGCUGUUGGCGCUGGCUGUGGCGUCUCCUGUCAUCUUUGGAAUAAACAAUGUUCCUCAGAGAGACCCCAGAGAAUGCAAACUUGAAGACAACAAUUACGUGGUUUAUUCGUCUGUCUGUUCCUUUUUCAUCCCAUGUCCCAUUAUGCUUCUACUGUACUUUGGGAUUUUCCAUGGUUUGCGCAAGUGGGAAGAAUCACGCAAAGCCAAACUGAAAAACAGUAUCCGGGCCUGCCGCAGUUUACAGCAUGCUGCAGUGGCUGCCGCCCUCCCACCCUUGGGGGCUCUGCCUGCGUCUCUGCCCCGGGUCAUUGAGAGGGACUUGGCCCAAUCCAGUCUUGAGGAGCUUGACGACUUCACACAGCCCGUCUGCCCCUUCCCACAUGAGUACAAAAACAGCCCCAUUCAGACUGUGGCCUACCCUGAAAUUCAAUAUGGUCGGCCAGCUCAGAGAAAGAAGAGGGCUAAGAUCAAUGGAAGGGAGAGAAAAGCCAUGAGGGUUUUACCUGUUGUUGUGGGUGUCUUCCUCUUCUGCUGGACUCCUUUUUUUGUAGUUCACACUACACGAGCCUUGUGUGAAUCCUGUCACAUCUCUCCAGACCUGAUGAGCACAGCGACAUGGCUGGGUUACGUGAACAGUGCACUGAACCCUAUUAUCUACACUGUCUUCAACACUGAAUUCAGAAAGUUCUUCAGAAGAUUUCUUCCACGCUGCUGUUGACAUACACCAAAUGCUGCAUAAGACAUGCCAUAAUUUAUGCUAAAGACAAUUGUAAACUGGACUGCAACUGUUUAAUUUUGUUGUUUUGUUUUGUAAUAAUGCUGCCAAUACUUUAUUUGUUUGUGCCUACCAUGUACUACAUCCAUAUGUUAUAUAUAUAGUGGACUUUUCAGUGCAACAAAACAUUCUCAGUGGUGCCUAGAACAUUUGUGCAGCAUUUUAAAAUAUGCCAUGCUCUUAAAAUAUGUCUCAGUUUGAGUUAAGAUUAAUGAUACAAAAUACAAAAUGCAUUGCAUAUUUCAGAUCUAUGACAUGCUAUUGCCUGCAGGAAUAUUUUAAAUUAAAAGACCACAAUGUACACACUUUGUGAUUUAGUAACAGCACAGCACUGCAUAUUUUGAUACAUUUGAUUUUGGUAAAGUAUUUUAAAUAUUACAUAGAUCCUGUAUAGCUUUGAGUUUGAUUUCAUUCUUCUGAAAAUGGAAUCUGUAUAUUGCUGUAAAGAGACAUUUGUGAUAAAGUCACUAGAUUCUCUAACAGAGAUUUGAAACAGGACUUCGUAAUGUUAGUGAGUUGAAGGCUCUCUGUGAAGGCUCCAAAACAUCACGAGAAAGAUUUUAAUGAAGUUCCCGAAAAGCCCUAAGGAU